UUUCUGAUAUUAAUAUCCCCCCCCUCCAAGGAGCUCAGCAUUCAUUCUAGGUCAGUACAGCACAAGUUAGUCACCUUGUGGCACCUCUCGAUUGCUUGUGAAUUUAAACAGGACGGUAUUUGUGCAGUCAAGGCUGGGAACUCGGGUCCCACGGACUCCUCGAGCGUCUCCAGACAGGUACCGAGCAGCACUGCCUCGUUUCCCUCCUCAGGGCAGCACAGGAUGGAGGAUUUCCGGAAGGUGAACGCGCUGAUGAAAGUGCCAGCGUUAAGAGACGGUUCUUUCACCUUAGCAGAGAGCGUUGCGAUCCUCCUCUACCUGACCCGGAAAUUCAAGACACCCGAUCACUGGUACCCAUCUGACCUGCAGAAACGGGCCAAGGUUGAUGAGUACCUGUCGUGGCAGCACGUCAACAUUCGUGGGAAGGGGAGCAAGCUGUUCUUAACUAAGGUGCUGCUGCCUCUCCUUACAGGCCAGCCCCUUCCUCCAGAGAAACUGGAAGAGGUUACUGAAGAGCUGAAUGUUGUCCUGAAGCAGUUUGAGGAGAAGUUCUUGCAGGACAAGCCCUUCAUCGCAGGCAGCGAGGUCUCCCUGGCAGACCUUGUAGCACUGGUGGAGCUCAUGCAGCCUGUAGGUGCUGGCUACAACCUCUUUGAGGAGAGGCCAAAAUUAGCAGAGUGGCGCAGUCGGGUGGAAGAAGCGGUGGGGAAGAAGCUCUUCCAGGAAGCGCAUGAGGGCAUCUUGAAAGCCAAGAACUUUACCACUGAUGAAAUUGCGCCUGAACUGAUGGAGCAUUUCAAGCAUCAGCUCCUAAAGCAGACUGGCCAGAAUUAGGGGGUUACGCUUGAAAUAAAAUGGCUUACUUUGUGCAGGCUUUUUGUCACA